CUUUAACGAAUUGUAUUGCGAGAAGUAUCUGAAAAAAAUUGUUUGAAUAUACACGUAGAUGCUCGAAGAAUUUUUCUAUCCAUGGCUAUUGAAAUGUUCGUGAUAUCGCUCUAAGAUAUCUUAUAUCUACGACCUUGAUGACUCGCUUGAGUGUGAAAAUCGCUCCGAUCCGGAUCAGUAGUGAAUAAAAAGCCGCGCGUAACAGAGAAAAAGAAAAGUUCUCCUCAUCAUCGUGUAUAAAAAAUGUUCUCCGAGUACGCGCCUUUCACGACGAAAUAUUUUUAUCACAUAGUAAUUGCCGUCAUUUCGUUCGUUUUGUUUAACAAAUUUUUCAAUUGGUCCUACAGGAGAAUUGCUCCAAGUAAGACGAGCGCAUUCACGGCAUCCGACGAAUCUACGGAUCCGAGUGAAAAGGUAGACGAAAAGUUGUUUGAAGAUGUUCAAGAAGAGCCUGCCUUACCAAAGGAUCUCAAGCACAUACCAUAUCGGUAUAUCCGGCUGCCCGAAAAGGAAAUGUUGUCUCGGGCAUCAGAAUUUUAUCAAAUAGCAGCCGCAAGACGUACCUUAAGAUACUUUAGCGCGAAUCCCGUUCCAAAAGAAGUUAUUCGCGAAAUUAUAAGGGCUGCAGGUACUGCUCCCAGCGGCGCGCAUACAGAACCAUGGAGCUUUGUCGUGGUAUCCAAUCAGACUAUGAAAUCAAAAAUCAGGAGUAUCGUGGAGCAAGAGGAAGAAAUCAAUUACAGGAAAAGAAUGGGCGUAAAAUGGACGGUCGACUUGUCUCCAUUGAGAACCAAUUGGAUAAAGGAAUAUCUCACCAUCGCUCCGUACUUGAUACUCGUGUUUAAGCAGACCUAUGGUACUUUGCCCAAUGGAAAAAAGAAGAUCCAUUAUUAUCAUGAGAUGAGCGUUUCUAUCGCGUGCGGAAUCCUCAUUACUGCUAUACAGUACGCCGGCUUGGUAACUCUUACAUCAACACCGUUAAAUUGUGGACCGGCUAUACGCAGUCUUCUUGGACGUCCAGCGAAUGAAAAACUCGUGUUACUUCUGCCAGUCGGUUAUCCAGCCAAAGACGCCACUGUACCUGAUUUACAACGAAAACCUCUUUCCGAAAUUUUGACUGAGAUUUAUUAAUGGAAAUAUAUAUUAAUACGAGACAAAUAUUCGAAUGUACGACGCGCCCUAUUGCCUUAACAUAAUAUUUGAUACUAAAUAAUCGAGAGAAUAUAUUUCAUUGUAUACUUUCUUAUUAUUUAAAUGGACACAUCGAAAAUAGGAAUGUCUGAAAUAAAUAGUCAAAUAUGCAUUUAUGUUAGCACUAUUUUUAUGAAAAAAUGUUAUAUUUUCGGAUUACUAUCUUUUUUUUUUUAUAUCUUACAUAGCAAUUAUUAGCUACAAUAGUAAAAUGUAAUAUUUCUUGUCUUAUAAAACAUCACUGCCAAUA